AGCAAGAAAGCAAGCAAGGAAAGAUGGGUUCAUUUGGAGGUGGGCAGAUUAAUAAUAAGCCACAUGCUGUGUGCAUUCCAUUCCCAGCACAAGGCCAUGUUAACCCCAUGAUGCAAUUAGCCAAGCUUCUCCACUCAAGAGGCUUCCAUAUCACCUUUGUCAACACUGAGUUCAAUCACAGACGCUUAUUGAGAUCCAAAGCUCCGGACGCUCUCAAGGGCUUCACUGAUUUCCAGUUCGAAACCAUACCCGAUGGAUUGCCAUCAUCCGACCGCGAUGCUACACAAGAUGUUCCUACACUAUGUGAUUCAGUAGGAAAGAACUGCUUGGCUCCCUUUCGUGAUCUACUCAAAAAACUCAAUUCCUCCUCCUCCUCCACCACCGUACCUCAAGUCUCUUGCAUUGUUUCUGAUGCAGUCAUGAGUUUUUCCAUAAAAGCUGCCAGGGAACUAGGCAUCCCUGAAGUUCAAUUUUGGACUGCAUCAGCUUGUGGCUUCAUGGGCUAUCUCCAUUUCGAUGAGCUUAUCAAAAGAGGCAUUGUACCACUCAAAGAUGAGAAGGACAUCAGCAAUGGAUAUCUUGACACACCCAUUGAUUGGAUACCAGGCAUGAAAGAUAUGAGGCUCAAGGAUGUCCCGAGCUUUAUCAGAACAACUGAUCCCAAUGACAUUAUGCUCAAUUAUUUAGGACAGGAAGCACAGAAUUCUCUCAAAGCACCUGCCAUUAUAUUAAACACAUUUGAUGAUCUAGAACAUGAGGUUUUGGGUGCAAUUGCAUCCAAGUUUCCUCACAUUUAUACUAUUGGCCCACUAAAGUUCCUUGGCCAAUGCAUCUCCGAGACUGAAUCCAUCCCAUCCAGCCUUUGGAAAGAAGACUUCAACUGCUUGGAGUGGUUGGAUAAAAAGGAACCAAACUCAGUCGUUUAUGUGAAUUUUGGAAGUAUAACUGUUAUGAGUGAUCAACACUUUAGAGAGUUCGCAUGGGGGUUGGCAAAUUGCAAGUAUCCCUUCUUGUGGAUCAAUAGACCUGAUGUUGUAAUGGGUGAAGAAUCAGCAAUCUUGCCUGAGGAGUUCAUUGAAGAAACUAAAGAUAGAGGUUUGGUGGUGAGUUGGUGCCCACAAGACAAAGUGCUUCUCCAUUCCUCCAUAGGUGGGUUUCUUACUCAUUGUGGAUGGAAUUCUACGAUUGAAAGCAUUUGUGGUGGAGUGCCAAUGUUAUGCUGGCCUUUCUUCGCCGAACAACAAACUAAUUGCAGAUAUGCUUGCACUCAUUGGGGCAUAGGCUUGGAGAUCAACAAUGACUUAAAGCGAGAAGAGGUUGAAACUCUUGUUAAGGAAUUAAUGGAAGGAGAAAGAGGGAAAGUGAUGAGGAAGAAGACCUUGGAUUGGAAGGAGAAAGCAGAAGCUGCUACCAAACAAGGAGGUUCUUCUUACAAUAACUUUGAUAAAGUAAUUAAGGAAGUCCUUCACCCAAUUAAGUGAGUAUUUUAUUAAUGGGUAGA